AUGACGAUAACUCUCCGAUGCCGCGGGCCCACAGGCCAGACGGUGAAGUUCGACGGACUUGACCCGUCCAUGAGCGUGGCGGCCUUCCAGGACCUGCUUGCCAAGGACACAGGAGUGGAGCCUGAUGCUCAGGAGGUGCUUGUGGGGUUUCCGCCGAAGCUUGUGCAGCUCCCUGCUGACCCUUGGAACACCGCGAUAUCGACACUUGGCAUAGAGCAUGGAGAGACGAUUGUAGUCAGAAAGAACGAGUUUCUGAGGGCGGUUGACAGCUCCGUGCAUCGUUCAGCAAUGGUGGAACAAGCUGACACAACAGAUGAUGAGGAGCUUGCGAGGGCCUUGGCAUUGUCUAUGGAGGAUUCAGCAGCUGUGCCUGGCCCAUCAUUAGCUGCAGAACAUGAUGAUGUUGUGAGGGGAGCUGGAUCAAGCAAGCAAGUAUCAUCUGUGGCACUGGCUGAUGGCACUCACAUCGUCCGCAGAGUGGUUGAUGCAGACAACUCGUGCCUGUUCACGUCAGUUGCAUAUGUCGUGGAGCAAAACCGAUUGAAGGGCUAUGACUUAAGGCAGAUCAUUGCAGCCGCUGUUGCUGAGGACCCAACCACCUACAAUGAGGGUGUCCUGGGCAAAACCACAUCCGAGUAUCAGAAGUGGAUCUUAAACCCCGAACGCUGGGGUGGCCAAAUAGAGCUUGCCAUCCUCUCUGCCUACUACCGGACACAGAUUGCUGCCUUUGACAUUCGAACAAUGAGGUGUGAUGUGUAUGGCCAAGAGGAAGGGUACCAGGACCUGGUGAUGGUUGUUUAUGAUGGCCUGCACUACGAUGCUUUGGCAGUGGCCCACAGUGAACACGCGGAUGAGGAGCUGGACAUCACAAAGUUCAACCCAACAACCCCAACUGGAAAUAUGAUCAUGCAAGGAGCGAAGACAUUGGUAUCGAAAUUGAAUGCGGCAAGCCAGUUCACUGAUACAGCACAUUUCAAGUUGCGGUGCGGACAAUGUUUCACUGGCCUCAGGGGCGAAAAGGAUGCUGUGGAGCAUGCAAAGGCCACAGGCCACAAGAACUUCUCGGAGUACAAAUAG